GCUAAGCUCUCCCAGCUCAGUCCUUAUCUAGUGACUGUUCCGGCAACAUGCCUCCUCUAUCAUUCUCCGCUACUAUUAUAAUCGUCUGUAGUGUUUGGGGCGCAAACGCGAAAAUUGGUGGCUGGGAUUCUUCGCCGAAUACGCAGUACCACAUCCAGACAGAUGAAGGGCCGGAACGUUACUUCAGGUACCAGACGGUCAGUGGCCAGUACAGGAAGGAAAAGAGGCUCCAAGACGGCACCGUAGUCGGCACUUCCGGGUGGGUCGAUGCCGAAGGCUUUCUCAGGCUACAGGACUACAUCGCGGACGACAAAGGAUACAGGAUCGUUAGGACGAAGAUGGUGAGGGUAGAGGCCCCUGCCCAGUCCGUCACGACUCCGCCCAAAAAGUAUUCUUCUACAUUACCUCCUAUCUCUUUGAGCGAUUACCUCAAGCAGAAGAAUAAGGAAGAGAAAUACGGCUCGACCCCUAAGCCCAUCACACUCAGCGAGUAUCUCAAAACGCCCCAAGUGGAAGUAAACAACAACGGCUACCCGAGCACGACCGCCUCUCCUCCAUACUCCUCUUCGACCACCCCGGAAUCGUAUCCAUCGACCACAGCGGAGCCGUACCAUUCGACCACCCCAGGAUAUGUGAGGCCCGUCACCUUCCGUCCUUACUACAAUCCCAAUACGAUAAGCUACGUCAAAAAACUCUAUGAUAGCGUCGGUGCCUCGAAGUACGAAGCUUCGGGUACGGAGAACGUGCCAAGGUUCAACGGCGUCGAGCUGACCCACAACGGAUUCAGGUACUAUCUCCCGAGGCACUACCACGAAGAGGAGAAUCUCGACGGAGAGAGGAGAGCGGGCAGUUUUGGAUACAUCGACCCAUUCGGCAUCAGGAGGGUCAUCUACUACAACACCUCCCCUGAGUCGGGGUUCGUCCACAGGAAAAACAACCGCUACGUCGGCUUCCAGUCGACGCCGUACGACCCGAGAUACUGAGUGCCACCGAUAUACGACUCGAAACCAAACGAACUCGAGAUAAUUUAUUUCUAGAGAGAGAGUAGUUUUUUCUUUUUUAAGCGACGAAUGUGUGCCCAGAGACUUUGGUUCUAGCUUUAACAAUGUGAUAAACGCAUAUUUACAAGUGCGGAUUUUAUUUUUCUCAAUGAACCCGGAUUUGUCCGAAGCGUAGGAUUUAGCCUUGCUUGUACGCCUGAUAUGGCCCACUCUUGAAAAAAUACGCCCCGAUCCAUUUAUUGUCAGAUACCAUGUGUGCCAACUAUUAUUCAUUUAUUUCAACGUGUCAUUUUCAAUCGACAUGUACUGUAAAUUUAUAAAUUUACAUCUAUUAGAUUUUGCGCUUAUUAUUACUUAUUUAUUCAUUAAUUAUAAAAUGCUUUAGGAAUUUUAUAUAUUUAUCGAUCAUUUUUGAAAUUUACAUAUUUAAGUAUGCAAUACUGCUUUUUAGAAAAAUUCCUAAUUAACAAGCAUGCUUCAUAAUUUAUGCUUUGUAAACAAUACAUAUUGGGAUAAAUAUCUUUCAAUAUAUUUCUCUUUAUGCGGAAUAUUCUUAUUGGAAAAAUAUUGUACGUUCAAUUUUGCAUAUCAUAUUUGUUCGUUCAGGGCGUAUUUAUCUUAUAGGUCCAUCUGUAAUUUUCAUGUGGCUGGGACGAUUCGUAACAACUUAACUACACUAGGUACCAAAAGAAAAGGGCCUUAACGAAAUGAACGAUUCCUAGUCCAAGUAACAUUAUUAACCUAGACUUAAUUUAAGCGUGUUCCAUCCUAAGGAAGUUGUCGGAAAACUUAUUUAGCUGAUAAGGUGAUUGGUAAUCAGAGCUCCAAAGGAGGGAUAAGGUGCCAUAAAGGACGACGUCAAUCAAUGUUCAUUCCGCCAUUUUUGGCAGAAUGAACUAUGGUUACAUCGUCCUUGAUCUUGUACAGAAUAUUUUUAAGCUACAAUUUGUCAAUAGGAAAACGAAUAAACCCAACUUUUAAGUAGCAGUUAUAGAAAUAUUGUAAGUUCAUUAAUUCCCCCCACAACAACAAGAAAAUAUUGAAUUGUACUAAUAUCCUGUGACCUACUGUUACUCAUUUAAAUAAAAACAAAUUUUAAACAAUU